AUGCCAGUCCUUGGCCACGCCCUGGCCGCAGUGGCCACUCAUCUAUGGUUCAAGUCCUAUGACCCGACAUCGCCUCGGUCCAUCUUUUCGAUGCUAAUCUUUCCACCACUGACCGUUUAUCUCCUCCUCUCUAACCAAAAUACCGGGCUGCUCCGCGACAGUGCCGUCUUCUAUGCGACGUUGGUCGCGUCUGUCGUGCUGUACCGCCUGUCACCACUACACCCUCUUGCCAAGUACCCUGGACCUCUGCUAUGCAAAAUCACGAAAUUCCGCAUGGCAUGGGUUGCCGCGCAAGGCAGAAACCACAAGUUCUACCAAGCUUUGCACAAGAAAUAUGGAUCUAUCGUCCGCGUUGGUCCCAACGAACUCUCCAUCGUCGAUGUCAACAUCAUGCCAUUCAUCCUAGGAAGCCAGGGCAUGCCCAAAGGUCCCAUUUGGGAUGGUCGGCGAUUCGGGUUGAUGCCGGACUGCGCGUACGACUCCUUGAUCGACGUUCGGGACCUCGGAAUCCACGCUCAGUUGCGCAAACCUUGGAAUGAAGCGUUUUCUUCGGGGCCUGUGAAGGAGUACCAUCAGCUUCUUCAUAAGAGGGGUGAGGAGUUGUCGACGCAGCUGUACAAGAUCGCGACCUCGACGGGUGCAAGUGGAGACGUUCCGUCGGUGAACCUGGUGAAAUGGAUUAACUACUUUGCGUUCGACUUCAUGGGGGACUUAGCCUUUGGUGCUUCUUUCAACCUCAUGAGCGAGGGGGACGUCGAUGGGGCCUGGAAGCGUAUGGAAGACGGCCUUGCCCUUCCCGCGAUUGCCGGUCAAAUACCCUGGCUUAUGCCAAUGCUCAACACCCUGCCAUUCGUCACAGCCAAAAAAGACGAGUUCAAGGAUUUCGGCAGGCACCACGCUCUCAAAAGAAUCGCAAUGAACAAGACGACCAAUGAUCUUUUCUACUACCUCUACGAUGAACCAGCAGUGCGCUCCGGAGUCCCACUCAAAGAACGGAUGAACCUGGUGAUCUCCAACAGUCUGUUGACCAUCGUCGCCGGAUCAGACACCACAUCCACCGUCCUGAGCUGCAUCAUGUGCUGUUUGCUGGCUAGGAAGGACGUCGUCGCGCGUCUGCGUGAUGAGCUGGACGCGGUGUUCACUACGAUCAACGAUUCCGGUGUGCCUGACAUAGAGAUCGACAAGCUUCUGAAGCUGCCAUAUCUCAGCGCAGUAGUGAACGAAGGACUGCGACUUGCCCCGGCCGUUCCCUCGAACAUGCAGCGUGCACCCGAAAAAGGGUCCGGAGGAAGGAUUCUAGGGGAUUCGAAGAUCUUCAUUCCAGAAGGUACAUCAGUCAACGUCCCCGCAUACGUUUACCACCACGACCCACGCUAUUUCUCGCCUUUUCCUGAGACAUUCAUCCCAGAACGCUGGAUUUCUUCUUCCGCGGCCUCUCCCAAUCGAACAUUGUCAACUUCUACCAAUCAUUCAAGGUCGACUUCGCCGUCGUCGGUUAUUGAUGACUCUGCGAAAUCCCAUGUUGAAACGAAGUACACGACGAGUAGGGAAGCAUUUAUCCCUUUCUCGUAUGGACCCGGGAAUUGCGCUGGGAAACCUCUGGCGAUGCUUGAGCUGCGGUUUGUCAUCGCGAUUUUGGUGCAGAGAUUCGAUCUGUGUUACAAGGGAUGUCGAAAUGCUUCGCCGGAGGUGUUGGCUGGGACAGAGAAGGCGUGGCUUGCGGGUCUUAAGGACGCCUUUGUGUUCACGAAGCUGCCUUUGGAGGUCGAGGUCACGCCGAGGGAAGAUUUGUGGAAAGUAUGA